ACAAGCUCAAGCAAAAGAUGAAAAAUUUAGAUUUGAGUUCUGCACGCAGCUUGUUGUUGUUGUUGUUGUUAUGACAUGAUACUUAACUUUAGAAGGCUGAGAGAGGAUUCUGCUGCUGAAUUUGUACUCUUAAAAAGACAAAAUAACCGGUGUUGUAAGAUGAAGAAUCUCCUUAUACGUCCCAUUGGGGUAGCCCAUAACAUAUGUAGUGCACACAUAGCUGUGAAACCACUUACUUGUUCAAUGUCAAGCUUUGCCAAUUCAGACGCAUCUCAAACAUCUUCAGCCCCUGCACUUGCCCCACAGGCUUCUCCGUUAGCUACACUGACAGUGUCAGGAAAACAAUUUGAAAGGGACUCUUAUACAAACAUCACAGAUGGCAUCAUAAAACAUAUGUCCAGAAAGCUUCAUCAGCAGAAGGGUCAUCCCCUUUAUUUAAUAAAAGAGUGUAUCAAAAGUUAUUUUUACAAAAAGUAUAUUGGGCGCACCGGCAACCCUGUUUUUUCAGUUUAUGAUAAUCAGGAUCCUAUUGUCACCACCUACCAAAAUUUUGACUCUUUACUUGUUCCCCGAAACCAUGUCAGCCGCCAGAAGAGUGAUUCCUACUAUCUCAAUUCGCAGUAUAUGUUGCGAGCUCAUACAACAGCUCAUCAAUCUGACCUCAUCUCAUCUGGACUGGACAAUUUUCUCAUAAUAGGUGAUGUUUAUCGACGUGAUACUGUGGAUUCAACCCACUAUCCUGUGUUCCAUCAAUGUGAUGCUGUGAGACUACAGACACAGCAUGAGCUGUUUCCAGAGGAAUAUGGCCUUCAUGUUUUUGAGAAGCGUCCAGAUAGAAGAACAGAUGAUAAGCAGGCAGAGCACACUGUUGAUGCUGUUAGGAUACUUUCAUUUCAAUUAAAAUCUACUCUCCAGGAUUUAGCAAAGGCUCUUUUUGGUGCAGAUGUGGAAUACCGUUGGGUAGAAGCUUAUUUUCCUUUCACUCACCCUUCAUGGGAGUUGGAAAUUAAGCACAAUGGAGAGUGGCUGGAACUUCUUGGGUGUGGUAUUAUGGAACAUACAAUUGUUAAGAAAGCUGGUGCCGGUGACAGAAUUGGUUGGGCUUUUGGUCUUGGCCUUGAAAGGGUGGCGAUGCGAGUAUACGAUAUUCCAGAUAUUCGCCUCUUUUGGAGUACUGAUUCUGCUUUCUUGAACCAAUUUGCAGUAGAUGAUCCUUUCACUCCAAUCAAGUAUAAGGCAGUUAGUGUGUACCCCAGAUGUAUCAACGACAUCAGUUUUUGGAUCCCACCUGAACGAGAUUUUAGUCAGAAUGACUUCUUCGAUGUUGUUCGCUCUGUUGGGGGAGACAUAAUAGAAGAGGUUUCACUUGUUGAUCAAUUUGUACACCCCAAAAAGAAAUUGACAAGCCACUGUUAUCGGAUCACAUACAGACACAUGGAACGAACAUUAACAAAAAAUGAGGUCAAUGAGGUGCAUGUAGAAAUUGGCCGUAGGGCAACUGAAAUGUUAGGUAUUACUGUUCGAGUAAAAUAAUUUUAUAGUUAGCAAGCAGCAAUUGUUCAAAAAUUAAAACAUAAAAUAAUAAAUAUGUUGAAAAGUUA